UGCGGAAAGGAGACUGUGCCUGAGGGAUGCCGACUGUACCAGUGCUCUCCGUCUCUGGGGACAACCAGGAUGGGAGGCGACUGGGCAUCUGGAUGGAGACGGAGAGGACUCCGAAUAUUUUACCCCCGAGUGGGUCAAAGGGACCGUGCAGAUAUUAUCUUGGCAGGAGAAGGAGUCCUUGGCCAGGGUUGCUCCUAACAGGCUACAUUUUGAGUUCUUGCCUAUCUCUGGCCUCCGCCUUGAACUACACCAUCCUGGUCACGGUGGACCCCUGGUUUCCUCUGGUGGGAAUGGGCGCCACCCUCGUCGCCAAGGGCGGCAUGGAGAACUUCAUCUCCUGCAGCUGGUACCGGUGGGAGAUCUCCGACCCGAGCCUGAUCCUGGUCUAUGACACAUCGACGAAGAAAGUGCAGCACAAGCCCGCCUACACGGGGCGGGAGACCCUGAGAAAGAACUGCUCCUUGUACAUUGAGAAACUCUCCAUUGAAGACAUUACAUACUUUUUCAUCCUUAAAAACAGCACAACUUCCUCUGAAGCAGGGCAGGUUUUCUUGGUGAUCAAAGAGGGUUUGCCACACAAGAAACAGCCCAAAGGCCUCUCCGGAGGAGCCAUUGCUGGGAUUUUUGUGAUUUGCGUCGUUUUUGCCUCCGCCGUUGCUAUCGUCACCUCCUACAAAAUCAUCGCCAGUUCAAUGGGGCGCAACAACGAGCUGUCUUAAUCCAGAAUAUUGCCAAACUGGGAAGGAGCGCCAACCAGGCCCAUCUUUCGUCCAGGAGAGAAGCUGCGUCCAUAUGGAAGCCAUGACGAAAUGGUUCCGGGCAUUUGGUCCAGUACCUAAAUCUAUCCAGAACCCCAAAACAAAACCUGAUUUAUCCCCAUGUUCAAAAAAAAUACAUGCUUUAAGACAUA